UAGGUUUAGCACGAGACGCGCUGAAUUGCAGUUCCUAUUUCUGUCAUGCUUGGGUGCUAUCUUUGCUGCGUUAUUGCUUUAACAUAUUAGAGGAGUAUCAUUGAAGAUGGAAUUGAAUAUUAUCGCGUUUCAGGCUUGGAACAUUUAUUUCCUCCUUCUGCUGCAUGUCGCUCAUGGAGACAUGAGCUAUUCUUUACCAGAGGAAAUGAAGCGAGGAUCCGUUAUUGGAAAUAUAGCCAAAGACCUCGGGAUGGGAACGGGCGCGCUGUCCAGCAGGAGAGCCCGCAUCGACGCCGACGGUACCGACAAACGUUACUGUGACAUAAACAUGAGUAACGGAGAGCUGAUUGUUGCAGACAGGAUUGACCGCGAGGGGCUUUGUGGAGAAAAGGCUUCGUGCAUCCUAAAACACGAGCUUGUGCUGGAGAAUCCGCUCGAACUUCAUCGUAUCAGCCUUCACAUUCAAGAUAUCAAUGACAACGCACCGCAAUUCAACGAAGAACGGAUUAAUAUAGAAAUUCGAGAAUCCGCUGGCAGAGGAGCUCGUUUUGUGAUAGAAGAAGCGCACGAUGCGGAUGUGGGGCAAAAUUCAGUGCAGCAGUACAACCUUAAAAAGAAUGAAAAUUUUAUUUUGUCUGUAAACGGAAACACCAGAGAACUCGUUCUUGAAAAAGAGCUUGAUCGUGAAAAACAACAGGAAAUGAAUUUAAUUCUCACAGCUUUGGAUGGUGGAUCUCCUCAGAGAUCAGGUACAUUAAUGAUACACGUCACUGUGCUGGAUGCUAAUGAUAACGCCCCAGUGUUCAGCCAGGCCGUUUAUAAAGCCAGCCUGCCUGAAAACUCUCCUUUAGACACUGUGGUGAUUACAGUGAGCGCAACCGAUGCAGAUGAGGGAGUUAAUGGAGAUGUGACGUAUGACUUUGGACAUGUUACUGAAGAAGUGAAGAAGAUAUUUAGCAUUGAUCGUAAAGUAGGUGACAUAAGAGUAAUUGGUUUUGUUGACUAUGAAACUACUAUAUCAUUUGAAAUACGCGUCAAAGCAAAAGAUGGGCUGGGGCUGUUAUCCUACGCUAAAAUUAUGAUUUCUAUCACUGAUGUGAAUGACAACGCCCCUGUAGUUAAUCUGAAGUCACUGACCAAUCCGAUACCAGAGAACACCCCACCUGGUACAGAGGUGGGCAUCAUUAACGUGCAGGACAGAGACUCUGAGAAUAACCGACAGGUCCGCUGCUCCAUCCAGCAGGGUGUCCCCUUUCAGUUGGUUCCUUCUAUUAAAAACUAUUAUUCUCUGGUCACCACAGGACAACUGGACCGUGAACUAGUGUCUGAUUACAACAUUACAAUCACUGCCACUGACGAGGGCUCUCCACCUCUGUCCUCUUCUAAAAGUGUUCAGUUAUCUGUAGCUGACAUCAACGACAACCCACCUGUGUUUGAGGAACAGUCGUACAGCGCAUCUAUGAGUGAGAAUAACAAACCGGGCUCCACUUUAUGCUCCGUUAGUGCUCGAGACCCUGACUGGAGACAGAACGGUACAGUGGUUUAUUCUCUGUUAGCUGGUGAGGUGAACGGUGCCCCGGUGUCCUCUUAUCUGUCUGUGAACGGAGACACGGGUGUGAUUCACGCUGUGAGGUCGUUUGAUUAUGAACAGUUCAGGAGUUUUAAAGUCCACGUGAUGGCCAGAGACAACGGCUCUCCUCCUCUCAGCAGCAACGUGACCGUGAGUUUGUUCAUCUCAGAUGUGAAUGACAACUCUCCUCAGAUCCUGUACCCCUCCCCUGAGGGCAACUCCUUCAUGACCGAGCUGGUCCCCAAAGCUGCACACGGAGGCUCUCUGGUGUCCAAAGUGAUCGCGGUGGACGCGGACUCCGGACAGAAUGCUUGGCUGUCCUAUCAAAUAGUCAAAUCCACUGAUCCGGGACUUUUUACCAUUGGUGUCCACAGCGGAGAGAUCAGGACACAGCGGGACAUUUCUGAAUCUGACAGCAUGAAACAAAACCUUGUAGUGGCUGUGAAAGAUAACGGACAGCCCUCUCUGUCUGCCACCUGUUCCAUGUAUUUACUUAUUUCUGAUAACUUGGCUGAGGUGCCAGAACUGAAGGAUCUGUCUUAUAAUGAGAGCAAUUCCAAACUGACCUCUUAUCUGAUCAUCGCGCUGGUGUCUGUGUCCACCUUUUUCCUGACUUUUAUCAUCAUCAUCCUGGGUUUGAGGUUUUGUCGCAGGAGAAAGCCCAGAUUGUUGUUUGAUGGAGCAGUUGCCAUCCCCAGCGGUUAUCUUCCUCCUAAUUACGCAGAUGUUGAUGGCACAGGAACUUUACGCAGCACUUAUAAUUACGACGCAUACCUGACCACAGGUUCUAGAACCAGUGACUUUAAGUUUGUGACAUCAUACAAUGACAACACGCUGCCUGCUGACCAGACUCUGAAGAAAAGUCCAUCAGACUUUGCUGAUGUCUUUGGAGACCUGGACGGGUGCUCAGAGGUAUGGCCCCUUCGCAAUAAGCAAGUCAUGUUUUAA